CAUGCAAAAAAAAUAAAAGAAAAAAACAGUUUGCUUUGUAUUUUUACGUGAUUUAAAAUCGAGUGCGUUUUUGUUAACAAACAAAUUGCCGGUAGUGAUAAAAAUACAAGUAUAUUUCUCUAAUUUACCAUUAUAAAGUGAACUUUACAAUAUGACACAAGAUAUUUUAAUGUCCAACGAAGAGUCGGUGGCACCCACCAACAAUGAUUCGGCUCACAAGCAAUUGCAACAAUUUUGUCUGCUGGCCAAAACAGCUCAUGGUGCUGCCAUUUUGGAAUUGGUCAAACAAGUUUUAGAAGCUCCAGGUGUUUAUGUAUUUGGUGAGCUAUUGGUUAUGCCCAAUAUACAAGAGCUAAAAACUGGUGACCAUGUUAAAUAUUUCAAUACAUUAAACUUAUUUGCUUAUGGCACUUAUAAGCAAUAUCGCCAACAGCCUCAAGAUUAUUUGGAUUUGACUCCAGCAAUGCAAAAGAAAUUGCAACAUUUGACCAUUGUUUCAUUGGCCAUUAAAAAUAAAUGCAUUCCUUAUGAGGUUUUAUUGGAAGAGUUGGAAAUCAAUAAUGUUCGUCAUUUGGAGGAUGUUAUUAUUGAGGCGAUUUAUGCAGAUAUUAUACAUGGCAAAUUGUUUCAAAAUAAUCGUUUCUUGGAAAUCGAUUAUGCUCAGGGUCGUGAUAUACCACCCGGUUAUACUACCAAAAUAGCUGAAACUUUACAGGAUUGGAUUGAUUCUUGUGAUGCCAUUUCCAAUUGUAUUGUCGAUCAAAUAAGGAGAGCUAAUGCGGAAAAAUCUAAGAAAUUGGAUAAUAAGAAACAAAUUGAACAGGAGGUGAGAAAAAGUAUUUUAACUUAA